GGGGGCGGGCCCGUGCGCGGGAGUCCAUGUGGGCGCCGGCGCAGCCGGGAACCGCGCGGGUCGCCAUGGCGGAGCUGCAGCAGCAACUCCGGGUGCAGGAGGCGGUGGACUCCAUGGUGAAGAGUCUGGAGAGGGAGAAUAUCCGGAAGAUGCAGGGCCUUAUGUUCCGGUGCAGCGCCGCCUGCUGUGAGGAAAGCCAUGCGUCCAUGCAGCAAGUGCACCAGUGCAUUGAGCGCUGCCAUGCACCUCUGGCUCAAGCCCAGGCCCUGGUGACCAGUGAGUUGGAGAAGUUCCAGGACCGCCUGGCCCGGUGCACUAUGUAUUGCAAUGACAAGGCCAGAGAUUCGAUAGAUGCAGGGAGUAAGGAGCUUCAGGUGAAGCGGCAGCUGGAGACCUGCGUGACCAAGUGUGUGGAUGACCACAUGAACCUCAUCCCAACCAUGACCAGGAAGAUGAAGGAGUCGCUCUCAUCCAUGGGGAAAUAGCUGUCUGCUAGUGGCCAUCAGGGCUGAGGGCAGGAAUCGAUUUAAAAGGA